AUGGAGAACCGCUCCUUCAAUCACAUGCUGGGGUGGAUGAAGAAAUCCGUGAACCCAAAUAUCAAUGGCAUCACUAGUGAAGAAGGCAAUCCCGUUUCCACCAAAACCCAAAAACCCAAAACGAUUUGCUUCACCGACGAUGUUGAGUUCGUCAAUCCGGAUCCCGAGCACUCUUUCGAGGCCGUUGAGCAACAAGUACUUCGUUUUGCUUCAGUUCUCUCCAUGACUGGUUUUGUUGAGCAAGCUUUGUCUAUGUCUCCCAACCAUUUACAAGGAUUUAGACCCGAAUCCGUACCCGUUUACGAGGCUUUAGUCCGAGAAUUUGUUGUUUUCGAUAGAUGGUUUUCUUCCAUUCCCCGUCCAACACAACCCAAUAGGCUAUUUGUUUACUCCGCAACUUCUCAUGGCUCAACAAGCCAUGUCAAGAAGCAAUUGGCUCAAGGGUAUCCACAAAAGACCAUAUUUGAUUUUGUUCUUGAGAAUGGUUUGGACUUUGGGAUUUACUUUCAAAACAUACCCACAACGAGUGAUUCUGAAUGA